AUGGCUGACGGUCUUCAAAUACUGAGACGAAAUCGACCCGGUUCUAAAGCAAAGGAAUUUUGUCGUUGGCCUGAUGAACCGUUUGAAGAAAUGGAUAGUACUCUUGCUGUGCAGCAAUUUAUUCAACAGACUAUUCGACGGGAUCCUUCAAACCUAGAAGCUAUAUUAAAAAUGCCUGAAGCACAAGAUGAGGGUGUUUGGAAAUAUGAACAUUUGAGACAAUUCUGCAUGGAGCUAAAUGGUUUAGCAGUGAAAUUACAAGCUGAAUGUAAGCCAGAAACCUGCACACAGAUGACUGCUACAGAGCAGUGGAUAUUUUUAUGCGCAGCACAUAAAACACCCAAGGAGUGCCCUGCUAUUGAUUAUACUAGGCAUACAUUGGAUGGAGCGGCUUGCUUGCUCAACAGCAAUAAAUAUUUUCCCAGCAGGGUUAGCAUCAAGGAGUCUUCAGUAGCAAAGCUGGGUUCAGUCUGUAGAAGGGUUUACAGAAUAUUUUCCCAUGCAUACUUCCAUCACCGGUCUAUAUUUGAUGCAUUUGAAAAAGAAACUCAUUUAUGCAAGAGAUUUACUUACUUUGUUACAAAAUACUCAAUCAUUUCAAAGGAGAUUUUGAUUUUACCCAAACUCGAUGAUGAGACACCUGUUGGGGAAUCAGAAGCCUGA